CGUCACCGUGAGGACGCAUCUCGUACCGUGUCCGUGUGCGCCGUUUUAUCCGGCAAAUUGUGUUCUGUCGCGUCGCGGGUGUAUGGUGCGCGGUUUUAGAAAUUAAAUAAAACGUCCCCUGCUAUUAAGGGGAUUUUCCGGUGCUUUUAAAAGAAAGAAUUGCCCUUCGCGGUGCAGUGUUGCAGUGCGCUUUUUGAGUGAAAAAAAUGUGAAAGAAAAAUCGCGCGCGUUGGUGUGUUUACGUAUGAAGCAGCAGUUGGUGUGGUUUAGUUACAGUGAGAUAAAUAAUUUUACACACAAAUAAUCACACGUUUUGAUAGAAGGUUUGAAUAAUUUUCCGGUUUCCGGGUGUGUAUGUGUAGCUGCUGCUGCUGCUGCACAGUGUAAAGUAAACAGCCGGCAAGACCGUUGCCGGCCGCUGUGCGUGUGUGUGCAAUCAGGUGCAAAGCGGCUAAAACAGCAAGUGCUGUGCAUCCUUUGCCGUGUUUCAAGUGUGUUUUUAUUCGAAUCAAAAAUCAUCUCCCCCCUCCAGCCAAAACAACACCUUUCAAAUAAAACGGCUAAAAAAAGAGAAACACAGCCCGCUUUACAAGUAAAAAAAAACCCCGUGUGUCCGUGUGCGUGCUUACAAUUGCCAGCUAAAAAAAGAGGCGGCGUGGAAAAUUCCCUGCCUUUGAAGAGAAAAUUGCAAACAACCGUCCACCGGCGAGAAGAAGAGGGUUGGCUAAAAUUGCCAGUCGGUCGGUCCCCGAAAUCAUCCCAGCCUGCCAAGGGGUGUUGUGUGUUACAUAGUGUGCGUGAAUUUGUGCGCUGGGGUGUUUUUCCCUCCUCUCCAUUCGCUCCCUUUCUGGUUGUCUCCAGCCCCGGCAAAAGACCGGGUGAAUGCGUUACAAGAGCGCCGUAUACGCGCUGUAGUGUUUGUGUGGCUGUGUGCGUGCGUAUGCGUGGGUCGGCGUUUGUCGGCGUUUAAUUGGUGUUAGUGUGCAAACGCCGCAAAACGGAGAGCAGAAAGAAACGUGCGCACGUACGUCAGUGUAGCUGUGUGUGAGUGUGUGUGUUGUGUUUAUGCAGUUUUUAUUUUCGUCUGUCUGUCUUUUCGCGUUGCCCUUCGUUUGCUGUGUGAAAAGAGGUGCUUAAAUGUGUGAGAGAAUUUAAUACAAAAAAGUGUGUGUGUGUGUGCAAAGGUGGUAAAAAGAAAAGAAAGAAGGGGCGAAAAGAGGCACCUGUUCUACCACCGGUCUCACUGUUGUUCUGCAUAAUUCCUUAGUGUGUGUGUGUGUCUGUAUUGAUGAGCACAGUGCAUAUGUGGUCAGUUGUUAGGCAAAUCCUGCAUCGAAGCAAGCGGCUGCACUCGCCGGGUGCGUAAGUGUGUGAAAGCGGUGAUUUUCGCUGUGUGCAAUCUCCGAGCGGUGUGUGAAGCGUGUGUAUAAAGCCAACAACAGAAAAAAUGGCCGCUUUACGAGUGGCCGCCCUGCUGUGGUGUGUGCUGCUGCUCCCACUAGCAUCGACGGCCAUCCAGCAGCAGCAGCAGGAAACGAUCGUCGCACACGGCGGCGAGACGGAAGCGGGCAGCGCCGGCGAAGAGUUCCAGCAUCACAACCGGUGCGAACCGAUCACGAUACCGUUCUGCAUCGGCAUCCCGUACAACCGCACGAUCAUGCCGAACCGGUUCGGGCACACGAAGCAGGACGAGGCGGCGCUGGAGGUGCACCAGUACGUGCCGCUGGUCAAGAUCGACUGCAGCCCGGAUCUGAAGUUUUUCCUCUGCCUGCUGUACGCGCCCGUCUGCACGAUACUGCCGUUUCCGAUACCGCCCUGCCGGAGCCUGUGCGAGAGUGCCCGGGCCUGCGAGAGCAUUAUGAAAACGUUCAACUUCCCGUGGCCGGAGAACCUGGAGUGCUCGCAGUUCCCGGAGUACGGUGGCGAGGAGCUGUGCGUGUCGAAGCACAAUGCGAGCGAAACGCCGACCCCGAUACCGACGAGCCCGGCUGGCGUUGGCGCGGGCAGUGCGGGGGCCGGCAGUGCCGGUGGUGGUGGCUAUCCGAUGAAAACGGUGGCCGCUGCCCCGUAUGUACCACCGCACCGGAAGACGUCCGGGGUGGUGGCGGGUGGUGGUGUGAGCGCUGGUGGACCGCCGGGCAGUGGGCUCGUCGGGACGCACCGGGAUCUCGGCUUCAUCUGUCCGGUGCAGCUGAAGGCGCCGACCCUCAUGGGCUACCAGCUGACCAUCGGUGGAAAGGUUACCAAGGAUUGCGGUGCACCGUGCAACUCGAUGUUCUUCUCGGAAAACGAGCGCACCGUGCUGAAGUACUGGGUCGGCUCGUGGGCUGCCGUGUGCGUGGCGAGCUGUUUGUUCACGGUUCUGACGUUCCUGAUCGACUCGUCCCGUUUUCGGUAUCCGGAGCGCCCGAUAGUGUUUCUCGCGAUAUGCUACCUGAUCGUCGGCUGCGCGUACGUGGCCGGUCUCGGUGCGGGCGAUUCCGUCGCCUGCCGGGAACCGUUCCAGUCGCACAUCAAAAUCGGCCGGAUGCAGAUGCUGUCGACCAUCACACAGGGCCAUCGUCAAUCAACGUCGUGCACGGUGCUGUUCAUGGCGCUGUACUUCUGCUGCAUGGCAGCGUUCGCCUGGUGGGCCUGUCUGGCGCUGGCCUGGUUCCUGGCGGCCGGUCUCAAGUGGGGCCACGAAGCCAUCGAGAGCCGUUCGCACCUGUUCCAUCUGGUGGCGUGGGCUAUCCCGGCGGUGCAGACCAUAUUCGUGCUAGCGCUCGGCAAAGUUGAAGGUGACGUUCUGUCAGGUGUUUGCUUCGUCGGUCAGCUGGACACACACUCGCUCGCCAUGUUUCUGCUGAUACCGCUCGUGAUCUACCUGUCGAUCGGGGGGAUCUUCCUGCUGGCCGGCUUCGUGUCGCUGUUCCGCAUUCGCACCGUGAUGAAGCACGACGGCACCCGCACGGACAAGCUGGAGCGGUUGAUGCUGCGCAUCGGGUUCUUUAGCGGGCUGUUCAUCCUGCCCUCGCUCGGCUACCUGGCCUGCCUGUUCUACGAGUACUAUCACUUCGACGACUGGAUGAUCCAGUGGAACCGGCAGAUGUGCAAAAUCUUCUCCAUCCCGUGUCCGGCGGCCCGGCACGGCCCGCCCGACCCGAAGCCCAUCUUUCACAUCUACAUGGUGAAGUACGUCUGCUCGAUGCUGGUCGGCGUGACGUCGAGCGUGUGGCUGUGGUCGGGCAAAACCGUCGUCAGCUGGCGGCAGUUCGCCGAGCGGCUCCAGGGCAAGGACACGCGGAGCCGCGGUGCGUACGUCUAGUAGAGGGUAACGCGGGUGCGCAUCGUCGCCCACCACCAUCCGGCGGUGCGCAUUACCGCGCGAGUCAUUAGGUUUUAGGAAGAGGCGUCCCCAUCCUCCUCAUCACGAUCAUCAUCCCCAUGCUCAUCGAACACAGACCGAUCGAUCACCGACCAGCACCAGAGGGCGGGAGCACUUCAACCGAACGCCUCAAAAGCUCACACAAAGCCCCGCAACACAGUAGCAGCAGCAGCAGCAGCAGUGGAAGGAAGCUGACACGCAGAGAGAAGGGUUUCCGGCAUUGAACUCCCCUGCAGCAGCGGCAGGGAGCGAGAUGCGUAAAGUAGGACCGCAUAAUUUAGACAUAAGGAUAUAUGUUUCGUUCGAGGUUUAAUUUUGCGAAUGACCAAAUAUCUCUGUAGUACACAGGCAUCGGUUUAGUGGUAGCGUGUAGCGCGUUAUAGAAUUAUUCAGCAUCCCCGCCCGCUCGAUGCAGCUUACAUUGUACAGAUCCGUCUUUUUACUUCGUUUGCUAGCUUACACACAAUACCUGGCCUGACGCGGGGCCGUUUCAUUCACAUUGGACAGGUGAGGUAGGAAUUUGUAUUAAGAGACAGAGAGAGAAGAAAUGAAAUACGUUAAUGUGAUGGGAAAGAGAUAGUGUAGAAGAAGAGGGGAGUCGCCGUUGCUUGGUAAACAAGAAGCUCCCGCAACUCUGUGGAAGGUUCUACGGAAUUGGCUACGCUUUAGUUAAGAGUAAUAGGACGUCAGUACGCGAAUCUUUUGCACACCGUACCGAGAGUGUGUUAAGAGAAUACCUGUAUCUGUGUAAGAGAGUUAGCAGCCAACUGUAGGACUGUCCAACUGUCUAGCGCUGUACCCUACCUACCUACCUUAGCCUGCCUACCUUCGUAAAGUAGAUGUGGUAAUACUGUCGUGUCGAUGCAUCCUCAUCCCGCCAAAAAAAAUAUCGGGACCUCUGUCGGCACUCUCCUGCUCGAACAGCAUUAACUCUGUACAUAACGAACGUUAUCUAGGAUCUUGUUUGUCGGUGGUAAAGGUGGACCUCCUCACUGCUUACCACGUGAGAAGGUAGUACGAUAGCGCGAAUUUUGCGAAUUUUGCGCCGUGUAAAAUAGUUAAGAACAGAGCUCCAAAAACCGCCUGCCUAACAGGCGGUUGCAUUGCAUUUAGCAUCUAUUUUCUUUCCCCGUCGUAUCUUAAAGUCGCAAAUUGUUGUUGAAAGCCACACACACAUCCACACUCCACUGUUGUGCGUUUUCCAGCCGUCCCGUGAAGUCAUCCUGCCCGGAAUGAACUCCUGUUGGCAGCGGUUCAACAAGACUUGGCACAGAUGAGAGUGCUUCGAGUGCUGCUUUACAGUGAGCGCACUUUACAAUGCGAUGAAAUCCGUUUUUCCCAUCAUCAUCUUGGCUUUUCCCUCGAUGCUCCCAAAAACGCGACAUUUGAAGCCCCGUGUGCCCGUUGCCAACGUACCGAUGCUAACUAGCUACCAAUCCUAUCGCACUAAUUAAGGGCCAAAGGGCCGUACGUCGAACAAACCAAACAGGGGGGCCAAUCUUGCUCGGUGUGCGAUGGCGUGUGCUCCCGAAAUCCUUUCGCCCCCGGGCGCAACUUUAGCGAAGUAUGUCAUUACUGGCUGGCUGGCAGGGGCGCGGAAUUGUUCUGCCGGAACGCUCCGAAAUCCAAUCGUCGUCGUCGUCGUCAUACAUGAAUAUUAAUGACAGUGUGUAAGCCAUUAUCGGUGGUGGCUGCGCACGGUGAUGUCCUUGCAGCAUCUCCACGAAAUGCUCCAAUUGCUGGUGUGCUCGGUCAAGGAUGUGUUGUGUAGCCUGCGUCCUCAUUAUCCCUUGGCCGUAGAGGGCGCGCGUGCUGUAGUGAUUUGAGAUUCCGAUAGUGUCACAUCGUUCGUGUCCUCUUGUGUUUCUAUCUACCAGGCAUCCACUGGUAAUAGGAACCCAGCAGCAGCAGCAACCGCAAGGUCCUUUAGCGUGACAGAACAAGAAUUGUAUAAUUGGAAGCAGAGAAUCCUCAUCACACACACACACACGCGGACACACAAUUCGAAACGCGGACGAUGCCAUUAAUUAUCUGAAGCAGAUUAUAUAGGGACCCGGGUCUUCGGCACGUUUUACCUCCCCCGCCCGGCAAAGGGGAUUUCCACAGUAAAAUAAGGAGGGAAGUAAAUUCUGUCGGCGUUGUGGGUUUUUGGGGGUUUCGUGCUCGGUUGUAAAGUAACGCCGCUGGCGCCCGCGGUACCACGUGCCUGGGAAAGUUAAUUAAUCAUGGUGUGGACGGGGACUCUUGUCCCUGUGCUGUGACGUAUGAGGACAGUUUUUGACACAUCCAACGAUAGGGACGAUUAAAAAAAAGCAAAGCCAAUCCUGAAAAGCAACAGCAGCGAAAAGCUCCUUUUUUUUUGGGGUAAAGCAACAAGCGUUUCCUGGAGCCGUGAUCCUUUUGACCUUUGAGCUGUCAGCUAUAUCCACUUUUGAGCGCUUCACCUCGAAGAAGUCACACAAUUAUAUUUCAAUUAACAAGUAACUCCUGCUCUCAGAAGAGAGAGAGAGAGAGAGAGAUGGAUUGCUGAUUGCCAGUGGGAAGGAACUGGGGAACUGUUAGAAUCGGGCGUUUGUUUUCGGGCCCAAAAACCGAGCGCGAUAAGUGCCAGUCUAAGUGAGGUUAUAAAUUAAUGCUUCUCCAAGCAUUGCCGCCGCUCGCUGUUCGGGAAUUACGUUACGUGGAGUGUGGAACCUUUGAGAGGUGGUUUUAAUUUUGUAUCGUCCUUUUUCUGUAGCAAUGGCACCUGAAACACGGGACAAUGAAACGAGCCAUGAAAAUUAAAAUGCAAAGUACACACCACCAUCUCGCGUUCCUGCGCCAUUUCUAGCUUACUUUUGCUCCUCGUCAACCAAACCAAGAGACAUCGCUUCGCAUUGUUUUCCUUCCCUCUGGUCUGUUAGUGUGUGUAUGUAUACUUGUUCCUUUUUGCAAAUUCCUUCCUUCCUGUUGCGCGGCCGCCACACGCUGCUUGGCUUUGGUUUGGUGUGUUUUCACGUGGCCGGGCUUGUGGCCUGGUCGUCGUCGCCGUCGCCAUCGCUGCGUGUUGUGCCCCCGAGCAGCGGAUCGGUUGACGUGCAAAUAAAAUUGUGUUUAUGUUUUUAAUUUAAUUUUACGAUUAUUGCUCUCUGUGCACGCUGGGGCUCGCCCUGUCUUUUCCCUGCUCGCGCUCGCGGGGAUCGCUUUUAUGAGAAACAGAUUUGUGUGUGAGCGGUGUCAGUGCUUUUUGUUUGCAUCUUUGCUCAUUCGGUUUGGCGAGGAGCGCAUUCCGAUGCAAAAAUGUUGCUUUAUUACAGGGAGUGGAGUGGCGCAAAAACAGAACAAAAACGAGCAACUGCAUCGGCUGCUUUAGAGCAGCAAAAAGCUUGCACUUUGUGUAAAGGGCAGAUGGGAUUGCUUCUUUUUUUUUGUGCAUAAUAAAAUUAAUAUUUUCCGUAUCUUUUGACGCUGAUGAAGCCAUCCGGAGUGCUGAUUAAAGGCCUAUUGAAUGGCCUAUUGCAUUACAAUUCAUUUCCCAAGCAAGGCUUCCCUUUUGAAUGAGGCGUUUUAAUGCAUUUGAGCUUCAGGUUGAGCUUUCAGGGAGAAUUAUUUUAAAAUUUAUUUGCUUUUAUUUUUGCUUACUUUAAUUUUCAAGUGUUUUGGAAAAACAACCCAAUCGAACUUGCCGAUCGAAAUUAAGUUUUAAUCGAAAAACACCAACACACUUUCCCCGCAAACACAUUUGCCCUGGUGAAAUGGGUUUGUUUACGCCUUUUUGCGCAGCGAGUGCUUUUUUCCAUCGCUGGCUUAAAAUUGAAAGACACAACAACAAACGGAUCCUUCCUUUGAAUCGCUCGCGACUUAUGCAGGGGCUUUCUAGCUUGAAAAUAUAAAAAAUCAAAGCUAUAGUCUGCUCGGUAAGCCAAACAGGAGCCAAACGGGGGGGAAAAAAACUAGCCAACCCAUAGUCGGGCGCAGCGCCAUCUCGUUAACGAUGUUUGCGGUGUCGUUUGCCUAGUUCUUCUUCCCCGCGUGUUCGGACAAAAGCUAUCAUCUGCACUCAAGAUUGGAGCUGAAAAACCUCUUGAAAGAUUUCUUAUUUUCCGGGAGGGUUCCCCCUUAAAAAUGGUUCCCUGGCUGCACACACAAGAUGGCUUUUUUUGCCUUCUUCUUGUCAUCGGAAAACUCUCCCUUGCUUGUGCCGACGUGUGUUGGCGGGCAGGAUUGACGAAGGUUCCCGGGGACUCAAUCAACUCUCAAGAGAGGUUUCAACUCUCGCCCUGGUUUGUCGUUCGAUUGGUUUCGCCCUUCGCCCUUUGUCACUGGCAGCGACAAAGAUUGUCGUCCAAACGAGAAAGCGACGACCACUCGACGUGGGGAGGAAAACAUAGGUAAACAGAUGCACGGAUUUCCUUCUCUGUGUGUUCCUGUGCUAACUGACUGAGAGGUGUCCCAAGGUUUCCCCUGGUGAACGAGACAGCCUCGAGUGUUUGGAACGGGAAUGCUUGUGCAUCCGUGCUGUCCCUCUGUAAGACGGCUAAAGGUCGUGGGGCAACUUGAAGCUCACAUAUCAUAUUUACAUGCGCACAACAAACCCUCCCGACAAGAAAGAAAAGUCGGUUGUACCGAUUAAUUUGUUGGCAAUAAUCGAGUUCUUCCUUCCGCAUUUUUUUUUUCGUCACUCCCCAGUUCAUUCGGCUUCAGUCCUCGAAAUGGGAUUCGAUUAAUUUUCCCAUGCGAAAAACAACUUUUUUUUGUGCUCUUCCCGCGCUUUCUUGCAACGGAAAAACGAGUGAUCGCGAUAAUGGGCGAUUUCUCUCCCGGGAUCAAUAAAUAAAUGUUUAUCUUUGCCGACGAUGACGACGACGCACGGCAACAACAGAGAAGGGACACAGCAGCAAAAAAAGAAGUUCUCAGCAGGAGCAGCAAGCAGAAUAAGAAGUUUGCCACAACCGGCCAAGCCAGAAUAGUGCGCCACCAGCAGAAGCGUUCGUCCUGUUGGAGCGUGAGUGCCGGGUGUCACGUAAAUGGGCAAGUUACUUCCUUCGGUUUUGGUUGCAGUUUUUUUUGUUUGCUUUCCAAUUUGCUUGAGCUAGUUUGGACAAAACUUCAACCCGCAGAGAACCAGUCUGGAGCCAUGGUUUUUGUUUUAUUUUAUUUUUUCACUUUUACUACUUGUCGUUAUCGGCCUUUUUUUUGGUCUUUAGUUACUGUGUUUUAUUAAUAGGAAUGCAGUGUCAUGAUAAAUGUCAGUCGGCGUUAAAAUUAAAGGGCAUUCGGUGUCCGGGCUUGAUGAUGGUGAAACGGCGGGGUGGCUUUGGGCAGGAUUUUUGCAAACGGAAACAACACAACGGAUGGGAGAAGGGAGAGAGAGAGAGAUGGGGUGAAAACUUGUUUUGAUAAACGUUUAUAUACAAACAUUUCUCGAGUUCUGCCAAAUAUUAUAGUCCAAGUCGUUUGGUGAAGGGCAAAAUGAGACCCUUGAUUAUUAAUUUGUGACUCAAAAUGUGGACCUAUUUCCAUUCAUUUUGUCAUUUGUGUCAAGAACGACGAACACCUGUACUUCCUAUUCAUUUUGUUUUAAUAAUUGUUGAUUUCAUUCUUCACAGGGUGCGUUGCAGCUUAUGCAAAACCCGAAUGCAAACCUAGCAGCAGCGCGACAAACGCCAAUCGAACUCGUGUCAAUUCACGAUCAACCGGAUAAAGCUGAUCGAUUACACACACACACUUCACUGUGAAGGAGCGAAAGAACGGGCGAUCUAAGAAAAAAGAAGGAAUUGUUAUGAAGCAUUUGCUUGCGUGUCCUCUCUUUGUUUUUGAUUGCAAAAUCGAGCGAUGAAGAUUGGAAGUGGAUAAAAAUCAAAAUAUUAUUAUAAGGAACAAAACCCAACCACUUUGCUAACGAGCUCUCGCAUUUUUGUGCGCAUCAUCUGCGUCUGCCGCUUCAACAAAAAAUGCCAAAUAAUCGAUCAAACCCCCAGUGGGUGGCGGGAGGUGGUGCACAUUGAUCUGGUAGCUAUACAUAUUACAAAAAAAAUAAAGAAAGGAAAGUAAGAGAGAUGGAGCGGAUGAGCCUUUCGCCCUGCAGCAGCAGAAGAUCAAUUAUUGGUUAGCCUGAUUUUAGCAGUUAAGUUAAGAAGAAGUUAAAAAGCAGGAAUUAUUAAUUGUUAAACAAUGUGUCAUAAAAUGUAAAUGCUGGAGCUCCUGGAGUAUGCAGUGUUGCUGCUGUGGACGAGAAGACAUCGUGCAUGUGUGUGCAUCCCUAUCGUCUGACACUGCUCUACUACACAUGCUACAGUGGGACAUCCGUGUUCCAGCCUGCCAGCAUUUGCCUUUCAUGUAGUCAUUAAUUUAGAUUUCGUUAGCAAAAGAAACAGCUCCUUACUCAUAUGCAAACUGAACCCAAGAUGGCCACAAUUCGAAUCUGCUUUUGAACACCCACUAGGAGGUCAAAGUUCAAAGGGAAAUGCGAAGGCAAAGGGUAAACAAAAGUACCAUGUCCCGCGAAACUGCUUCUCGGUGUCCGGUAUGUGUUUACUAUAUGUAUAUGUACAAAAGCAAGCAGAACAACAAGAGAAGAAGAAGAAGAAGAAAAAACAUAAACAAUAAUGCGUAAAAAUUAAAGUAAAGGUUUAGUACGUUGAAGAAGUAGACAGGGUGUGAGAUGUAAGAAUUAAAAUCGUAUUAUAUAAAAUAUCCCCAGGAAACAUGCAUCAAGAUGGUGAAAGCUCAUGAAAGUGCAAAGGAAAAAAGGAAAAUGGAAAAUCUGUUGUAUUAAUCUGAAAAGUGGAAAGCAAAGUAGAAACAGGAACAGGAAGGACAGGCGUAUAAAUAUAUAGAUACAGAAAAAACAAACAAACAAGCAAGAAAAAAAACAUCACUAGAAUGCGCAAAGAGGGGAUUAGCAUGGUAAGGAUAUAAAACUUGUACAUGGGAUUAAGUGAAGCAUCGUGCAUCAAAAAUAUGAACUAUUAGAAGAAUCUUUA